AUUUUUUAACCCGGGCCAAUUUUACACUUCGCCAACCACAUCACUUUUGUUGUUUGACUACGGUAGUACAUUCGUAAGUCUACUAGUGUCUAUUAUACAUCCAGAGCUGAUGAAGAAUUCCUUCCACUAUGUUCAGGUGUCAAAUUGUCACACUGGUUGCUUGAGGACAUCGACUUGUCUUUGAAAAUCGUCUUGAGCACUGUUUUCUAUGUUGUUUUGUUGCUCUAUGUAUUGCAUGUCGCCGCCUAGUGGUUCCCACUUUUAACGGAGCGCACAACACGACGACGGACACGACUUCAGAGCCAGUCGUUUGCCACCGCCUCAACUCUUUGGUUUAAACCUGCUUCUGCUGUCACCGACCUUUCAAUCUAUCUACCGAUCUGAAUGCUGUAAGUGCUGUCGUUACUUCUACACCCACCCACUCCCCAUUUGUAAUCUUGUGUGAUCUCAAGGCAUGGAUGUCACGGUGCGCCUUGGCAUAAUACAAUAUUGUAAUCCGAAUUGAGCACAGUCUGCGAGGGUUUAGCCCUGGUUUACACAAUCCGCUAAUUUGACAUUCAAGUUGUUGUAGGGGAAAGUGUAGCCUAGUGCAAGCUGCUUGUCGCGAAAGUGGAAACCGACCUGAUCGCAAACAGAUAUGUUUUGACCGGUGAGGGACCGACUCCGGAAUGAAGACGGCAGUACAGACUGGGAGACCGCGGCCGUUCCAGCGGUUCUGCUGCUGUGGAGUUGGGCUUCUCGCGGUCAUUUGGCUCUCACAGUUCGCGCACGUGAUAGAGCCGGAGUCAUCCGGGUCUCAUUCUGGAGAGGAUGGCGUUCCAGUCCGUUCCAGACGCAGGCUGAUGCAGGAAGAGUGGACAGAAGACAACCAGACCCUGGACCUUUCUAGACCAGCCAUCCAUGAGUUUCCAGAAGAUAUAUUUACCAAGGAGGAACUGAAAAGAGGAGCAGUGCUGUUACAUGUGCUGUGUGCUAUCUACAUGUUCUACGCUCUUGCUAUUGUCUGCGAUGACUACUUUGUUCCUUCCCUGGAGAAGAUAUCAGAGAACCUGCAGCUCAGUGAGGAUGUGGCAGGGGCAACCUUCAUGGCUGCAGGAAGCUCAGCCCCAGAGCUCUUCACCUCUCUCAUUGGUGUGUUUAUCACUAAAGGAGACGUGGGGGUCGGCACCAUCGUGGGCUCAGCGGUCUUCAACAUCCUGGUCAUCAUUGGUGUGUGUGGCAUCUUUGCGGGCCAGACGGUGGUUCUAACGUGGUGGUCUCUGUUCAGGGACUCCACCUACUACAUCUUCUCUGUGCUGGCUCUCAUCCUGGUUAUCUUUGAUGCAAAAGUUGUCUGGUGGGAGGCCGUGCUUCUAAUGACUAUGUAUGGAGUUUACAUUGUUAUCAUGAAGUUCAACUCCCAGCUCUUGGGGUGUGUGACUCGUUGUUUUGGUGGUCCGGGUCAGUGUUGCCUGGGUAGUGAGGGACACCGAGAUGAGGAGAUGGCAGAGGACGGACCCACCUGCAACACCAACAUGGUGCUGCUCAGGAAAGGCCAACCCCAGGGUCAGGAGUUUCCUCCGGUGAUGAUGGUGGACGAACUCCUCAUCCUCAACCCCCACCAAUUGUCCUUUUCCGAGGCUGGCCUGCGCAUCAUGAUUACCCCCCACUUCUCCCCUCGCACCAGGCUCAGAAUGGCGGGCCGCAUGCUCAUCAGUGAGAGACAGAGGUUGAUCAGGAGUCCCAACAGCCAGCUGGAUGGAGAGACCAGUGCAGGGGCAGGGGGCACCCCUCUGAAGGGUUCUGGAGGCCUGGAGAAUGGGGGCAGUGUGGAGAGACAGACCCCCGAGGGGGCAGGGCUAGGGGACGCAGGGGAAAAGCCAGGGGCGGAGGGUUGUCAGGCUGAGGAAGAGGAGGAUGAUGAUGGGCCGUUCAGGCCUCUGCACUGGCCAGAUGGUUGCUGUGCGCGGGUCAAGUGGCUGAUCUCGUGGCCCCUGGGCCUGCUGCUGUACUGCACUGUGCCUAACUGUGUGUUCCCCCGCUGGCACCGCUGGUUCAUGGUCACCUUCUUGGCCUCCACCCUGUGGAUAGCCAUCUUCUCCUACCUCAUGGUGUGGAUGGUCACCAUCGUCAGCUACACACUAGACAUCCCAGACUACAUCAUGGGUAUCACCUUCCUGGCAGCGGGCACCAGCGUGCCAGACUGCAUGGCCAGCCUCAUUGUAGCUCGGCAAGGUAUGGGGGACAUGGCUGUGUCUAACUCCAUUGGCAGUAAUAUCUUUGACAUCCUGUUGGGGCUGGGUUUCCCCUGGGCUCUGCGCACUCUGGUGGUGGACAACGGAUCGUCGGUCUACAUUAACAACAAGGGCCUGGUGUAUUCUGUUGUCCUGCUGCUGGCCUCUGUCUUCCUCACAGUGAUGAGUGUUCAUCUGAACCACUGGAAGCUGGACCGCCGGCUGGGCCUGGGGCUGAUAUUCCUCUAUGCCAUCUUCCUGCUCUGCUCCAUCUUCUUUGGGCAGAUGUGAGGCUGACACUGGGGGUCAAAGGUCAACCCUGAUUCGCUUUCCUGUAAGCUGCCACGUCCAGGAGUCCUCUGUCUCCCAGAGGUCCUCGCCCCUAAAACGAAACAACAGUCUCGGCUACAUUGUGCUAAAAGUUACCGUGAUGUAGCACAGACAGAAUAUGCUCGAAUGACGUUGCACGCGCACACACACACACACACAUAAUAUCCAAACACUCACUGUAGUGCAGUGUUUUAAUACACAGAAACACAUAAUGUUCAGCUGUCACCAUGGAGAAAUAAUACAAUAGACUAGUACUCUUGUUUCUUUAACCUUAAGUUUGGAACAGCCAUGUUUGUUUUGAAUGUACGCCCUAGCUGAUGUUACCUUGUUGUGUGGGGAUUCAGUAUGUACGUUUGUGCUAAUGUGUUGCAGUGCUGGGGUACAGUGGAGCAUAGAACUGUCAGUCAGGAACUAGGGACAUAGCAAUAGGACAAAUGGGCAACAUAGACUUAUGAUGGAGAAAAUGUUAAUAAGAGAUGCAGAUUAUUGUGACUAUAACUGACCGAGUUCCUCCAAAAUGAGGUUUUAUGAAUGAUUAUUUUGUUUGUUGCCAAGUAUUGUUUCAAACGAAGUAAAUAAUAGGCUACCGUGAAAUCUAUGAUUUGUAGCGUUUUUAGAAGUGUUACUACUAUUGGCGACAUGUUUCUAUGAGUGUCAUAACCUGAUUAAAUGCGUACGGGUCUGUUGUAACAGUUCACUAUGCUAAAGUAUGAUCAAUGUUUGUAAAAAAAAAAAAAAUCUUUCUGUACAUUUUUGUUUUUCAGUAUUACUGUAUAACAAUUAUUAAGUCAACAAGACCAUACUUUUUACUGUUUCUAAAUGUUUACUAAAUAUUUUACAUAGUUUUUCAAAAAAUGAAUGUCAGACAGAGACUAGAUUUGUGAUGUUUUUGAUAUUUGUAAGAACUAGAUAAUAUUCUUCCUAUGAUAUUUGUGCGAACACCGUAUGUUGUAACUGAAAGACGAUGUAUAUUUUUUUGUCACUUGGUAAAGUGAUGGUAAAGAAGACUGACGCGUCAGAUCAGCACACUCCACCUAGAUCUAAUGAAAGG